GCUAAUUCGGUAGCCACGUAAUUUGAUUGAUUGAAAUUUAAAAUAUUAUUGUUAAAUUUGUGUAAAAACUAGCUACUGUCUGUGUCUCUAACUGUUUGAUAAAACGGAAACAGGAUGAAGAUCAAGGAAUUACAAAAGACAGUCAACAUUGCUUGGUCUCCAGCACAACAGAACCCGAUUUUGUUGGCUGCUGGCACGUCCGCCCAGCAAUUAGAUGCCUCCUUCAGUACAAAUGCGUCGUUGGAAAUUUACUCAAUUAAUUUAUCGGAUCCGGGAUUCGAGUUAGAGUUGCAGGGAGCGACUGCGAGUCAACAUCGAUUUAACAAAGUUGUGUGGAGUCAUCAUGGAUUCGGUGCGCAUCAUCCGAACGGUUUGAUAGUUGGUGCCUGCGAAAAUGGCGUCGUGCAAGUUUAUUCCGCCUCAAAGUUGUUACAAGGCGAAGAUGCGCUCAUCGGUCAACAGGGCAAACAUUCGGGAUCUGUGCUUGCGAUCGAUUUCAAUCCGUUCCAAGCGAAUUUGUUGGCAACGGGCGCUUCUGACUCGGAAAUUUUCAUUUGGGACUUGAACAACAUCACGACACCCAUGACGCCCGGCACAAAAAUCACGCCGAACGAAGAUGUCCUCAACGUGAACUGGAACAAACAAGUGCAACACAUUCUCGCGACAGUUUUCAGCUCCAAAUGUGUCAUCUGGGACUUGCGGAAGAACGAACCGAUCAUCAAGCUGCACGAUACGCAGUCACGUGUGCGAUGGCGUGCCCAACAAUGGAACCCGGAGGUGCCGACGCAACUCUGGCUGGGUAGUGAGGAAGAUUCGUCACCCACGAUGCAGCUGUGGGACUUGAGAUAUGCCACGGCACCGGCAAAAUCCAUUCAAAUUCAUCAACGUGGCGUUUUGGGACUGACGUGGUGCGCCAAAGACACGGAUUUGAUGAUCAGCUGUGGCAAAGACAACAAAAUUCUUUGUUGGAAUCCCAAUUCGGAGUCACAGGAGGGCGAAAUCUUGUCGGAAAUUGCAACAACGAAUCAAUGGUGCUUUGAUGUGUCGUGGUGUCCACGAAAUCCCGGAAUUGUAGCUGGAUGCAGUUUUGAUGGGACAGUUUCAUUGUAUUCUCUGUUCGGAGGAAGUGUGGCAGCGACUCAAACAACGAGCAAAAUUGCCGAUUCCUUCCCUGGCAUGGAUCCGCAUCAGAUGGUGGCGCCUGUUCAACAAACAAACGUUCAUAAUGAAGCAAAUGACUUGCGAAAACCGCCGAAAUGGUUGAAGAGACCUGUUGGAGCACGAUUUGGGUUCGGAGGCAAAUUAUACACAUUCAACAACAAAGACAACUCAAAAGUUGUCACCGUUAGUCAAGUAGUGACAGAUGAAGAUCUCGUAAAACGCUCCAACGAACUGGAAAAUGUCUUGGCGCAAGGAAAUUUCUCCGAAUACUGUCGCCAAAAGGCUGACGAGACCACAGAUCAGCAUUCCCGUUACUUGUGGUACUUUUUAAAGGCGAAUUUCGAGCAAAACCCUCGCGCAGAAAUGUUGAAUCUCUUGGGAUACGCGCCGGAAGAGAUUUCCGCCAAAUACAGUCAAUUCAUCAAAAAGGACGAUUCAGUAACGGGCCUCACGGAGCAAGUCUCGCAAUUGUCAACAGACCCAAAUAACCUUUUCGAUACAUUUGGGCAACAAAAUGGCAUCAGCAGUCCAAAGAAGGAAAAACAAUUCAAAUUAAACACCGGAAAUGACAGCGAAGGACUGAUUUGUGGCGCACUUUUGACGGGAAAUAUCGAAGCAGCUGUCGAUUUGUGCAUGGAUGCUGGGCGUCACACAGAUGCCAUUAUUUUGGCAAUGACGGGCGGCUCGGAACUGCUUGCCCGAACGCAAUAUCGUUAUUUGCGCGAUAACGACAACUACAUAUCAAACGUAAUUUCGGCAUUGGUAACACAUGACUGGAACGAGGUGAUUUCUCGCUGCUCAAUUGACUCGUGGAAAGAAGCUCUUGUUGCGGCUUUGACCCAUAGUCAAGAUCAAUUGCCUCAGUUGUGUGAAGCAAUUGGCGAAAGAUUGCUCCAAGAGUCGCGAAUGGAUCCAGGUUUAGCUAAAAAUGCGAUUUUGUGCUAUUUGUGCUCAGGUAGCAUGGAGAAAUUGGUCGAAAGUUGGAAUAUUGUUCAAUCGUCAAAUACUUCAAGUCCUGCCAAGGGAAGUGCCAAGACCAAAAAUAUCCAAGAUUUGGUGGAGAUUAUCAUGAUUCUGCAAAAAGCCGGGGAAAUGCAAGGAAAAAAUGUCGAAGUUGUGGGAAAAGUUGCCGAUGUUUUGUCCAAAUACGCUGGAUUAUUGGCUGCUCAAGGAUCCCUUCAAUCUGCCUUGACCUAUUUGGGACCGUCAGUCGAUCCGGAAUUGGUUGAACUGAAAGAUCGCUUGUACUACGCCUUAGGUCACAAACAACAACAACAAACUCAACGAGCUCCCCAGCAACAGCAGCAGCAACAACAACAAAAUAUUUACGGCAUUCAACGCUUACCUCAAUCCCGUUCCUCAUCAAUUAGCAGCAAUUUGCCGCCCGUUGUGCCCUUGCAACAGCAAUUCAACGCAACUCCCGUUCAACCGACUGUCUCGAACUUCUUUGCGCCUCCCCCAACGCCGCCCGUAGCGCAAAUCCCGCCCGUUCCCAUGCAAACUUGGAACACAAAUCCCUCGACUUUCAAUCAGCAACAACCUGCUGCUCCAAUUCCCCCGCCAGCGGCGCCUCCCUUGACAAAACCGCCAACAUCCGGCGAACUUCCACGUCCCUCGUCCCGUAAUUCGGCAUUGGGACGCAAAUACGUCGUCGAUCCAUCGGUGCAAUCGGGCUCAAAUGUUUAUGGCAGUCCCAGCGGUUUGUUCGGAGGAAAUGUGUCUCAACCUGCUGUUCCCGCAUACACGCAAGGACCAAUUCCGCCAGCGCCAACAACUUUCAAUACGAACCCAAUUCAGGCGCAGCCCAUGGGACAAUUUUCGGGAUUUAAUUCGAUGCCGAUGCAGUCGAACACGAUGUUGCCACCCGUUGAAAUGGGACAACCAGCUCUCAUUAAUCCGCAAAAGAAUCCGACGCCGCCGCCAGGAUGGAAUGAUCCGCCACCACUUUCGAUGAGAGCGCUUGCACGAGCGAAGCCACAAGUCAAGCCCGAAAUUACGCCCGCUGCUCCAAUUACUCAUCCACUUUUCGGUGUCGCCGAUACCAAUCAAGGUCAAAACGGGUACAUGCAACAGGAUUUGCAACCCCAGACGUACGGCAUGCAAAAUCCAAUGCAACAAAAUUUUGGCAUGCAACAACCCAUGCAACCCGUAAUGCAGCCAGCUAGCGUUCCGGCGCCCGUUCAACAGAAUUUCAACCAAGGAUUUCCGCCACAAGUGCAAUUUCAACAAAAUUUCCAACAACCGCAGCAACAGCAGCAGCAGCAGGCCAAUGUUGCCGCACCUCCGCCGCCUCAAGUAGCGCCAGAGCCACAAAAAGCUCCCUUACCUGAAGAGUAUAUUUAUCUACAGACAGUAUUCGAGGAGUUACGGACGAUGUGCAUUAAGGCAACGAGCAAUCCGCAAUCCAAACGAAAACUUGAAGAUGUCGCCAAGCGCCUGGAGCUUUUGUAUGACUUAUUACGUGAAAAUAGACUGUCACCGAACACAUUGGCUCAACUCAAUCAAAUGGUUCAAUUGAUGCAAACGGGAGACUACGUCAAUGGACUUCAUUUGCACACACAGAUGGCUUCGGGACCGGAUUUCUCGACAAUUGCCAGCUUCAUGCCCGGCGUCAAGAGUUUGUUGCAGUCCGCCAUGCAACUUCAAGUGUAUCUUAAUUAAGGCAAUUAAAAAUUUAGAGUGAUCUCGGUCCAUAUCGAGUUAAAAAAUGUUACAAAAUUUAUAUUUUUGUUCUAUGUCAUACUUAUGUUUAUCAGAAAUAUUCACUAAAAAAAUAUAUAUUAACUUUUGUUUUAAGAAAAAAGUAUGUUUUGUACAAUUAACGAGCAUUUAAUUGGUUAAAAACGAGAUAAUACGAAAAAUAAAGCUUAUUCGCAAUAAA